AUGGCGUCGGCGCUUCGUGGUUUUCCUGUCAUCAAGGCCGUUCGAUCAUAUGUCAUUGGCGGCGUGGGCUCAGUUCUGACGGGCUCUGAAUCAGGUCCCCCUGGAUGCUGGCUCAUCCACCAACACUUUGAACGCUUCCUGAUCGGCGCCGAUCCCCGAAACACCAACCUCCUGUUUGAGCAAAUGUACCGAGCCUCCAUGUUCUACGGCCGCAAAGGCCUCCCAGUGGCCGUCAUAUCCGUCAUCGACCUCGCCAUCUGGGACCUGCUGGGCAAGCUGAGGAGCGAGCCCGUGUACAGGCUCAUCGGCGGCGCCACAAAGGAACGCAUCGACUUCUACUGCACCGGCCCUCAGCCGACUGCCGCUCGGGACAUGGGCUUCUGGGGUGCAAAGGUGCCCCUGCCGCACUGCCCCGAAGAGGGCCGCGCCGGGCUUCGCAAGAACGUCGAGUUUCUCCGGAGGCACAGGGGAUCCGUCGGCCCCGACUUCCCCAUCAUGGUGGACUGCUACAUGAGCCUCAACGUGCCGUACACGAUCCAACUUGUCGAGGCGUGCAAGGACCUCGACAUCAACUGGUGGGAGGAAUGCCUGUCGCCAGACGACACGGACGGCUUCCAGCAGAUCAAGCGCGCACACCCGACCGCCAGGUUCACCACGGGCGAGCACGAAUACUCGCGCUACGGAUUCCGCAAGCUCAUCGAGCCCCGAAACCUGGACAUGAUCCAACCCGACGUCAUGUGGGUCGGCGGCAUGACGGAACUGCUCAAAGUCGCCGCCAUGGCCGCCGCAUACGACCUGCCCGUCGUGCCGCACGCCAGCGGCCCGUACAGCUACCACUUUGUCGUUUCUCAGCCCAACGCUCCGUUCCAGGAAUACCUGGCCAACUCGCCGGACGGGAAGAGCGUGCUGCCUGUCUUUGGGGACUUGUUCACCGACGAGCCGCUUCCGACAAAGGGUUAUCUGGCGAGAGCGGACUUGGACAAGCCUGGCUUUGGACUGACUAUCAAUCCGGCCGUGCGGGCCAGAUUGAUACCGGCAAGUAACCUGCUCAACCCCUCGCCGGUGGCAAUGCCUGCGCCAGAAGUUGGUGACGGCGUUGCCAGGGAGAUUGGCUAUGUGAAGCACGUAAAAAUGAAGGGGGCGGGCAAUCGUGAUAAAAGGCUGGUGGGCAUGAUGGAAAGAAACACAGAAUCACGUCUCAAGGGCUUACUAGAGAGUCUCACCAGGAUUAACCUGUUGGCGUGGAUGCUAUCCGGCAAGACAAGCCUCUGCGUGCAGGUGCAGGGCGCAGCCCGGCGUGAGGCACACCACGACUCUCUGCGCUCCCGCACCAUUCGCCCGCUCCCGUUUCCGUUGCCAUCGACACCGGCCCAUCCAAGAUUCAAGAGGACCGACUGUGCUUGGAUCCGAAAAGAGUCCACCGCCGUCUGCCCUGCCCAGGAGGCCGCCGCCAUCGAGACGCGCGGCACAGCCAACCCAACGGCCGACAGGCAAAACAGCCGUGGACGAGGAGGUGGCCGCGGCAUGACGACGAUGACGCCGCCGGCCCGGCUGCUCGCGGGCAAGACGGCCAUCAUCACGGGGGGCACGACGGGCAUCGGGCGCGCCAUCUGCCUCGAGUUCCUGCGCCAGGGUGCCAACGUGGUGGUCAACCACCUCGGGCUAGAGCAGGACAGGCACCACGUCGAGUCGCUGGUCGCGGCGGCGGCGGCGGCGGCGGCGGCGGAAGAGGGAGGCGGCGCGCGAGGCAGGCUGGCCCACGAGGCCGGCGACGUCCGGGACCCCGAGACGGCGACGAGGCUCGUGGCGGCGGCGGUCGAGCACUCGGGCCCCGCGCGGCGGCUGGACAUUUGCGUGUCCAACGCGGGCGUGUGCACCUUUGCCGACUUUCUGACGCUGCCGGCGGACCUGCUGAGGACGACGGUGCGCACGAACCUCGACGGCGCCUUCUACGUGGUCCAGGCGGCGGCGCGCCAGAUGGCCCUGCGCCAGGCGCCGCCGGGCGGCAGCAUCAUUGGCGUGUCGUCGGUGUCGGCGCUCGUCGGCGGCGGCCGGCAGGCGCACUACACGCCCACCAAGGCCGGCGUGCUGAGCUUGAUGCAGAGCACGGCCGUGGCGCUGGGCCGGUACGGCAUCCGCUGCAACGCCCUGCUGCCCGGCACGAUUCGCACCCGCCUGAACGAGGGGGACCUCGCCGACGACACCAAGAGGGCGUACGUGGAGGGCAGGAUCCCCCUGGGCCGCACCGGCGAGCCGUCCGACCUGGCGGGCCCGGCUGUCUUUUUGGCGAGCGACGACCUGAGCGGCUACGUUAGCGGUGCGCAGCUGCUGGUCGACGGGGGGCUGUUUGUGAAUUUGCAGUAG